GAGAGCAAGCACCGCAGGGCAGGGGGAGUUCGGUCAGCAGCACAGCCGGACUAUUGAUGGAAGCUAAACUCUUCACGAGAUUUUAUUAGGCCAUGAUUAGUUACCGAUUAUAACCCGUAUAGUCUUUAGAAGUUACCCAGAUGAAUGUGGCGAUGGAAGAAACUGUGUUCACAUCCUGCUGUCAAUUCCAGAAUGGCAGCACCUACUCCAUCCCUGAUGUGUUGCCUCCCGAGAACCACGUCGACAGCCUGACCCACCACACCCCUCGCUCCGGCACUGUUAUCCCCAAUCGGAUAUUUGUUGGGGGAAUUGACUGCAAGGUUAAUGAGAGCGAUCUGCGACAUGUCUUCUCUCAACACGGUGCAGUAAAAGAGGUGAAGAUUGUGAUAGAUCGCUCAGGAAUGUCAAAAGGAUAUGGCUUUGUUACAUUUGAGACCCAAGAUGAUGCACUGAAAAUCCUUCAUGAUACUAAUGGAAUCUGUUUCAAAGACAAGAAGCUCAGCAUUGGUCAGGCGAUCCGCAAGCAGCAACUUUUAGGACAAAAUAAGAGUGCUCUUGUGACCAUCCCUGACUUUGCCAUGCCUCUGCCGAUGUCCAGUGGGACCCUGUACCUGACCACGUCCGCAGGAUAUCCCUACACCUACCAGAAUGGAGUGGCCUACUUCUACUGCGCCAACGCUCCCGCCCCCCACUGGCCUUCUGCUCCUCCAGCGAUGCUUCCUCAGUCUCAUCAGCCUGUCUACCAGCAACCAGCCUAUCACCACCACCACAGUGUGGUCCCAAACCAGUAUCAGUGGAAUGUCGUCCAGUCGCCGCUGCCCUCCAGUCCAGUCGUGUACGCCCAGCAGUCAGAAUAUCUGUACCAGCCCGCCGAUGGAGGCCCUGUGCAGGCUCCUGUGCCUGUCAUGGAGAACCCCACACCAGAGUUUGUGGAGCCCACGGUGCAGCAGGUUUACCCGUUGUAUCCACCGAGAACUGAAGGAAUGACACCUUUUGUUCUGCAACAUGACUCUGGAAAGAACCCGAUGUUUCCACACUCUCUGGUCCAUCUGAAGCCACAGUACCGCCGAUACAUCCCUUACAAGGACUACCACUACCUGCCAGAAGCAGCCGAGCCGCCAGACGCCUCCAUGCUUCACCCUCUACAGCCUCAUGUAGGGUAAACCCACUGACUGCCUGUCGAGAGGGGAAUCCCACACACAGCACCGCAGCCUCUCGUGUCAGUUUAGUUCUUCCUUCAUGGAUUCAACACAUAAUCUAUCAACAUAAGUGCCUUACAACAUACUGCAGUAUGUUUCAUGACACGUGAUUUCAUUGCCUCUUUUCUGAGAUUUUGUCUGUUGCACGUCAACUCGAGGGAAGAUCUCACCGUUGUAGGACUCGCUGCACUCGGCUCUGUUUCUAUACUGAUGGUUUAAUACGUUACAGUGGCUCACAUUUACAUAACAGUAUUUACAGAGCUUAAUUUCUCCUCAUUUAACACAUAACAUGAUGCAUGAGUUUUUCAGUAAAUCAUUUACUGUGAUAAAACAACUCUGCAAUGACUAAACAAUAUAUCUUGAAAUCUGAAAAUUCAGAUUUGCAGGUUUCAUAUUAUUGGAGCAAGUUCUUUAGAUUUAAUGACCUGGGACAUCGUCAGGAAAUGGCUACAGCAUAUAAAUGUAGUUUCAAGCUUCAUUUAAUUUGUUUUAACUCAAGACUCUUCUUAAAAUUACAUUUUAAGACCUGAUUUUCUUUUCUUUUUACAAAACAUAAACUAAAACUGAACGGUACCUUCAAGCUCAGCUCGACCAUCUUUCCAAUCAGACUUGAACUUAAACCCUUUUCUUGUUUUUGUAAAAUAGUUUUCUAUCUACAUACACACAGGCACCAUGAUGUGGCUGAGAGUGGCAACGUUAAAGCAAAAUGUUACCGCGUCUUCUCUUUUACUGUUCAGAGAAGCAAUGCUUUACCUCCUCUGUGAUCACGAUUAUUUGGAAGGACAUGAAGGCAACACUUUUCAGUAGUUGUUUGAGGCUCCCUGAGAUGAUUAGCAACCCUAACAGUAUUUGGAUGCUUCGAAUCAGCUGCUGCAUUUGAUCUUGUCUGCUCAGCUUAGCCAGAAUCUCUCUCCACAUAAACAUUUUCUACCAUUUUUCAAUAUGAUGAUGUUAAGAAAUGUCUGCAGUACGGUGGCCUUUAUCAGUUUGAAACAGGCUCUAAUUGAUUUAAGAAUAAUUAUUUAGAACCAGCAAUAGGCAGCUGUAUUACAGAAGUAACAGCAACAUGACAAUUAAGUAUAUUUUAUAUAAAAAGUUCUUAAAACAAAACUAUUUAAUAACCUGUUAAUCCUGUUCAACCGCACCUUUUUAAGCUACAUAAGCACAUUCCUUUGUGCUCGCUGAAUAGUUUUAGCAUAGAUAAAUAAUAAUAUUUUACAAUACAUAAUAAUAUGUAACUUGGAAACUUCUCUCAAAAGUUGUGUUUCAUGUCAUUAGUCGAUGUAAAUUAAAGUUGAAGUUCAUAUUGUGCUCAUGUUCUGGAUUUUUGUAGGUUAUGUUGUUGAAUUUUAAAUGGACUGAUUCCAAAAAUUCAACAAGCCUGCUUUGAAAUGAACAUUGUAUACAUUUUAUUUGACAUUUAAAUGAUGGAUAUCCAUUUUAUUAGAAAAUAUUUUCCCUAGAUAUUUUAUUGCAAAAGUACCCAAUGCUAAUGCUUACAUUAGGAUACAUACCCUGUUUGUUCAGUUUGAACUAUUUGUGCUUAUAAUUCUGGUGAAAUGUAGACAUGUGUGCUUUUUAUGACAUUGAUAUUUGUUUUAUUACAUCGGCUCCAUAAAUCUUGUCCUGGUUUUGUCUGCUAUGGAAAGCAGAAUGACCAAAAAAAUAACCGAAUCCAAAACUAUUUUUGUGAUUUGUUUACAUUUUGUUCGAGAUGUGUGCAGUACUUAUUCAACUCUGUGAUACUGAAUCUCACAUUAACCAACAACAACCCAGUUUGUUUUAACCUCAUUAUAUUUGGUUCAGUGUGUUUCCAGUUCUUG